GGGAUACUGAUCUCGCGAUAUGUCUUCCUUGGAUACAAGAAUGUUUACACUGGAUACAGGAAGCAACAACAAGUUAGACCGUUUAAACUCCUAGGUGUCUUCAUGGAAUAACCCGAAUGUCCACUCUCGGUGUGGUAUGUUAUCGUGGAGCAAGUCCCGGCACCAGAGCUCCCAGACAUCCGGGGCUUGUUUGGAGAUGCUUUGAUUGACAUGUACACAGAGAUUCAUACUGAGGUCACUAUGUGGCAGCAGAUUUGGCAGACGGCGCACCAUAAACUGGGUAACAGGCUGAAGACACCUCACUCCCCCCUGGCUGACCCCCCUGCCAUCAAGGAGCUGCUGAAAGCUGAGAUCCAACUGCUGCUGGCGACCGUGAGGGAGAGAGCAGCCUUGGAGGGCAGAUCAGUUCUGACUGAAGAAUGCGAGGUGCUGAAAAGCCAAGUGCACUUUCUGCAGGAGAGUGUAGAACAGGAACACCGGACACAGUGUGAUGUCACUGAGGCUCCAGAGCCAACUGUAACAGUGCUGAAGGAGGAGAGGAGAGCCAUCCAGUUGGAUCUGAAGAAGCAGAGCCUCAGCUUCACCUACUGUCCCUCCUCCACUGUGGAAACAAGCCUGCAGAGCAGAUCCGGGUCGAUUGGAUGGACAGGUUUGUCUGCGGAUGAGACACAGAGACACUUGACCCCUGUGGUGGCCCCCAGACUGCAUCCUCCACAUACCAGGCCCAGUCCACCACUAGUAGUACAUCUAGUAAGGAGGACUACUCCAUUAGACAGGAUGAAAGGCCAACCAUGCAGCUCACCCAACACCAGAGUAUCCAGCCCUCUCCAAACCUCUGAACAUAAACAUCCAAGGACUCAAAGCCAGAGCUCUGAGGCUUCCCACCCCUGCAACAGAGAACCAAUCACCACCACUCAAGCCAGGGACAGCUACCUACCGCCCCUGGUCCCCUCUGCUAGCACAGUAACCACCCAUGGAUCCCACCUCAACCCUGCCUCAGAACAGAGAAUAAAGGGCAGAACUUGCAGGCCUAGUGGUCAGCCUGUGACUGUGAGAGCUCAAAGACAUGAUGACUCAUGGUCAGACUCAGUGAACAGCUGGCCCUUGUUGUUCCCUGGUGGACACAGUCCUCUAGGCUCCUCCACACAGCCUCUGGGGAGCAAAGGGAGCUGUGAGCAGAUGAGCCCUGUAUGCAUGUUCCACCCUGUUCCCCCCGCAGUGCAGAGGCCAGCCAGCAGAGGGCCGAGUGGGGCCAGGCACCUGUGUCUGCCGCAGCAGGGGGGCAGUCUGGUUAGCUCCUCGUAAACUGAACUCUUUACAACAGAAUAAGAGGAUAGUGAGUCUCUGAUACUGUCAUGUAUGUUCUACCUGCAGUCUGGUCCUAAAAGGUUACAAGUCUCUCAUCAGAGGUCAAUAAUACUCAUACUUGUAAAAGGGAUGUCGUAAUCUCUUUAAAAUAAAGUAAUACAGUAACCCUAGUCUUCCACAAUGAGCCAAGAGACACAGGGAUGUUAUAUUGUCCUUUUCUAGAGACUGAUAGAAGACCUGAAAGUGAACACAUGACACAAAUAUGGUUGGAUGCUUUCGAAAUGUGUCAAAUUUGAUCUACCUAAUUUAACCAUUUAAUGAAUGUAUUUUGAAGUAAAUAAAUGCGACUGUAUUUGGAUAAAUAAAUGUUCAUAU